GUGUCAUAACAGACCGGGGACUUCUGUUGGCUAAACCUUGGAGUAGCAGCUACCGUUACGCACGGCUCUGGUUUGCGUGCAGCUGUUUUCUCCUUGAAGAUACGGGACUUGUUUACUAUGAUGGCUUUCACUAUGCUGAGGCCCGUGUCGACUCAUCCCUUCUCUUACCCCGCUGACCUGACCUUGAUUUCGGACGACGAGGAGGGGAACCGCAGCGACAGCGACGGCAGCAGUGAGCAGGGCUACGGCUGCUGCGGGACCCCGGGGGGGAGUUACCGACAGGAGUCUGGCGGUGUGGUGGUGGAGACGCGCAACGCCGCUAACGCCAGGGAGAGACACCGGACCCAGAACGUCAACACGGCCUUCACGGCGCUGCGGACACUUAUCCCCACGGAACCAGUGGACAGAAAACUCUCCAAAAUCGAGACGCUGCGUCUGGCAUCCAGCUACAUCUCACACUUGGCCAACGUGCUGGUUGUCGGGGACGGGAGGGAGGACGGCCAGCCGUGCCUGACCGCUGUCUACAAGGAGCUGAAGGGGAGAGGAGAAGCCAAACAGCCCCGAAGUAUCUGCACGUUCUGCCUGAGCAACCAACGGAAAGGGGUGACGGACAGGCGGGACUGUGUGAAGAUGCAUGGGAACCGUGGGAGACAAAUAAGUCGGUGAUGAAACUGUUUGACCUGAAGUAGGAGUGGAGCCUCUCUUCAGAACUUUCAGCCAUUCCUAGAGUCCAGAACCAUUUCAGUCUGACAAUAGUCUUAAAGGACUGCUCUGAUUUUAUGGGAGUGUGCCUCAUAGGUCACUUUAGCCGGUAUGAGCUGGGAAAAAUUGGCACCAAAACUGUCUGUGUGUCACCAGAAACGUUCCCGAGCAUAUGGGGAUUAGUAAAAUAUACAAUGAAAUUCUACACAAUCAGUCGAUAUUGGAUAUCCAUGUCAUUCACAUUCACAACAAAAGAACUGCACAUUUAGAUUAACAUCAAAUCCUUUUAAUAUGUGAACUGACAACAGACGAUAACCAUAAUAAAUCUAUGUUAUCAAGGUUUGGAAUCCUGGUUAUGGUGUGUUUACAUAGAUUACAAUUACCAGCACGAAUUACAAGUAUUUAUUGUAUCAAAAAGGUGACCUUUUAAUUAUUGAAGGAUCUACAAAAGAUGUGGAGAUGCUUUUGGUGCCUGUCCCCUUAUUAUAGGCUGCUGUGCUAUGUAAAAUUUCAUGGGACAAAACUCCCAUGAAAGUUUGCAUGGUUCUUAGAGAUGAAGCUGAGAUGGUUUUGGGAAGCUUGGCUCACAAACAGACUUAUAAAGCAAAGCAGUUUCAGGAAUAAGACCUAAGAGGACCGACCACUCUGCUGUUUGUGCAACAGGAGACA